UCAGUAGGACAGUGUAUGACCACAAUCAAUUCUCUCGGGUAUUUUUUUCAUCAUUAUUAUAUUAGUUGUUUUCCAAUCGUGUUGGUGCGUGUACCAGGUACUUAAGGUAACAAACAAUUACAAAUAAACGUGUAGUAUGUUCCGCCUUUAACUUUUAUGCCAUAUAAUAAUAAUUUAUAAUUCUGUAAGAUAAAAAAAAUCUUAAUGAUUUACUAAUUGUGUAAGUUCUUUUCCGUUAAUAAUCAUUUUAAAUUGUGGUAUUCUAUUAAUAUUAUGAAGACUUGCUUCGGAUGUUGUCCACUACAUCAUGGCGUCACUGCGAUUGCCUUUCUAAACAUUGUUUGGAAUAUUGGGGAAGCAUUAAAACACAUUUAUCGCCGUGUUGAAGAAUAUGAACGAUAUAAGUGGAUUAACAUUUCAAAUAGCAAUACUUCUGUUUCUCCCGAUGACAACAGCACUGCAGAAUAUGAUCCUCCUGACUACUGGUCAGAUAUCGAAAGAAUACCUGUCAUGAGCGAAAUAUACAUGGAUUACAUAUUCAUAAUGGCAGUCAGUUGGAUCGUUUUGGAAUUCAUCUCGAAUUGCUGUCUCAAGCAAUCCACCUUUAAACGUGCUCCUCAAAAAAUCUACCUGUGGCUAGUAAUUUAUUACGCGAAUUUGUUGUUUAUGGUAUUGCAUUUGGUCCAUUAUACAAUAUUGAUAACGAGACAUUCAGUUCUUAAACAUGAAGUAUUUUCAAUGAAGAUGAAACGUCAUUUUGGAAAUUUGUUCACGAAUUUGAUUUACAUAGCUCUUAUAAGUCUUGAAAUCGCUAUAAUCCACUCGUACUAUAUUAAUGAAAAAAAAAAUAUGCUGAAUGACAUCAUACAACUCAAAUGGAAAUGCGUAUCCCGAGGAAAAGUGGUAUCUGAAGGUGUCGAUUAUUCUUCGUCGUCCGCUUUCAAUGAAAGAACAUCUGGCCAAACCCAAGAAAAAUCUAGAAUACCACCGUACAUAACCACUAUCAUACAGAAUUAACUAUACUAUCACGUUUUCAACAUAACUCCAUGCUCAACAAUUAAAAUAGACAAAAAUACAUAUUAUCAUGUUGCAUUUUAAAAAGAAUUUAUAUUUAUGGUUUUAAAAAUUUGUUUAUUUCAUUACAUUUUAAAUGUAAAUUUGUAAUUGAUAUUAUUCCAUAUUAUUAUAUAUCCUCAAUUAAAUACGAUGAUAGUAUAUAAUAACUAUCUAACUAUAUUAAAUUAAGUACUCGAGUUUUGAGUCUAUCCAACUAUCCAAAUAUGUUUUUAUUGACCUAAUAUUUAACCCAACCAAAAAUUCUUAUUCUUCUUAAGACAUUAUGUCAAUAUGUGAAUUUUUAUUAAGACAAUUAUAAUUAUAAUAUAUCAAAAAAUAAUUUAAAACCAUCGUAUAGACGACAAUAUGUAAUUACUAGAUACUAGUUGAUUUUACGGUUAAAUUGUAAAAAUCGCGUAUUGUUUGUACUUGCAUGCAUUACGAUUUAUUAAAAUAUUAAAUAAGUACCUAUAAGCUAUUGGAUAGGGAGAAUAAGUUAGGGGCAUAGUCCCCCCCCCAGACAUAUUUUUUUAUAAAUAUAAAUAUUAUAUAUUAAAUAACAAAUAAACAAAAUCUAAACUUCUUUUCA